AUGGCAGCCAGCGAUCUGGCCUUGAACGAUGCGCUGUGGGCCGUGGCGCUGGUUUCCAGCCCACGAAGCCUGCGGUCCCUGAGCCACGCCUCGCGUUCGGUGCACGGUCUGCUAUCGCCAGUGGCAGAGCGCACGGCGCGGAUGACGGAACUCACGAGGGCCCUGGGCUCGCUUCCACUGCAGUUUCACUUCCCCUUGUCGACCGUGAGUCAUGACUGGCUUUCAGAGGCGGUGCGGUACUUCGGACCGAUGAAGAUUUUACGCUGGCGAGAGAAGGCGGGGGAGCUUGCAGGCUGGGUUCCCACAGAGGAAGAGACCUGGCAGCUGCAGUCGCGCCAGGCGCUGAUGAGCAUCCUCGCCUGUGCGAAAUGGACAUUGGAGAGGGUGGCACCAGCCAAACCUCUGCUCUUUGGUGCUACCCUGAGACCGGCGACGGACAGCGACCGGGUGACUUUUGCACCCCUGGCCUUCGAAUGGGCCGAGGGGCCGGCGGCAGACCCCUUGCAGCUGGCAUUGCAACUCUCCAUGUCGACAGAGGAGGUGAAACUGCAGGUUGAGAUGAUUUCGGGCGGUUGGUCGGAUUGGUCCGAAAGCUGGUCCUUGGAGGCAGGCACUUUGCAGGUGGAGAUGAGUACAGCCAUCUGUGGUCAGGAUGAAGGCGACAAGUUGAUGCUGCAUCAAGUGCUGGGCGCCGAGUGUUUGGAGGUGACGGGAGAAGCUCAUCGUGUUGCCACGGCAGAGAAACUCAUCGCCGUGGUGUGCUUGAGCCAGUUGCGCUGGGGAGCUGACGCACCACCGUGGCGUCCCAGGGAGCUGCGGCGACUUGAGACGCGAGCUCGUUCUGCUAGUGCCCCAUCUCGGCCUGUGUCAGAGAAGCGUUCGCGUAGCAGUUCUGGUUUGCACCGGCUCCUUCAGCACUUGGGCUUAUCACGCUGGGAGAGUCUCAUCUUGGCUGAAGAAUUGGAUUUGGACAUGCUGGCCUCCAUGCCUUUUGCUGACCUGAAAGACGUGCAACCUGAGGGAGCCGACGUGGCCUCAACUCUCCUAAUGGAUGAGAAUCAAGCUCGUGAUGUUCCAUGCUCGGCCCAGGGAGAAGCUCUUGCUCGUCCAACAAGCUCUGCUGUCCAGACCUCAGUGUUAGAGGUUCCAAUUUUUUCGGCCAAGGAAUUGGCACAUGUGGUGAUUGGUGUUGAAAUGCCUCAUGACCAAAAAAAGGAGACCACCUCGCGCCGGAACGGCGCGCAGAGUUUCAGCUGGCAGCGCUGGCAUGGCGCCGGGGGCGGGGCGGCAAUGCCAGAUACAGGCGACGGGGUGGACGGGGUGGAUGGGGAGGCAAAGGAGGACUUCCAUCUGGAGAGGAUGGAGGAACGGAAGGGGUCAGCAUCGAUCCCUUGGCAACAGAAAGAUGCAGCCAGCUUAGCCAUGACGCGGCCUUCAUUCCAACCAGUGGCUGCGGGACUUUCCUCUGACCGCCGCCCCGGUGAACGUCACGAGAUCGACCAGUUGAACCGACGUCGCAGCCCAGCGCGACGGAAGGAGGCUGGUGCACAGGCCUCGCCGCGAGGUGAACCGCAGGGCUACUGGAAGGCCUUGAGUACCAUGCAGCCAAAGGCAUGUGACAUCUCAAGCGUCUCCCGGAAGCGCCAUGAACAUGCUAUCAGCUACGGUUUCUCUCCAGCCUCCCCACCAGCAGCGCCAUCAGCCCAGUCAGUGCCAAGCCCAAGGGGUGUGCCCAACGAUGCUGGAAGACGGGAGGAAUACUUUGAAACCGCACAAUCAGCAGUGCAGUUUUCUCCGGACUGCACCUUCCACUACGAGGUCAUGGAGCACCGCCGCGACGCGCGGGACUUCGCCAAGACCCUGGGCCGCCCCAGCGGCACCGGCCUCCGCGCAGCGCGCAGCACGCGGCCGCGCAGCGCGGAGGGCAUGGCCUCGGAGGGGUCGUUGCGCUGGGAGCCUGGACGGCGGGUGAAGCCCGGGCUGCCGGAGGCAGCGCGGGGCACGGUGAGGUCGCCCAGUCCCAAAGGAAAAGGUCGCACGGUGGUUGAAAUGCUCGAGAAGGUGGAGAUUGAUCCAAGGGAACUCAUGCUGAAGGAUUUGAAAUGCAGGGUCGAUGAGUUGGUGAAGCAGACCACAGUGCUUCACCAACUGCACAGCUCCCCGCGCUGCGCCACCGCGCCGGCGGCUCGCUCGCCGCGGACGCGCAAGAAGGCCGCCUCCCCCACCAGCCCUGGUGCCUCAGUGUCCACAGCGGCGGCGUCGCCGCUGAGCACAUCCCUGGCCCCGGCAGCUCAGCAAUGGUGA